GGAUUAAUGUCAUGAAUUGAUUAGAAUAUAGGAAAGCUUGCCAGCAAAGGAAGAAAAGUCUCACUAUAAGGAUUUCCCUAGGCCGUUGGAUUUCAAAGGAACGGUUGAGAUGAAUUAAGGAUUUGUUCUGCUCUACAUCGAUCAUCGUUGCCAUGGCGGAUAUGUUUCUUGAUCCAAUUAUGGAGAAGAUCAUCAGCGCUGGCUUGCGUUACCUGAAAAAUCAGGUCAGAUGGCAGAAACGCACGAAGGAGGAGCUGAAAAGGCUGCGAGAGAAUCUCCCCCAGAUCCAAGCUGUCGUCCACUUUGCUUCCAGCCAAGAGCAGAUCACAGAAGAAUAUCGGGAUCUUAACAGAUGGCUAUGGCAGCUACGAGAUGCCAUUGAUGAUGCAGAUGACGUGCUGGAUGAGCUGGAGUACAUGGAACUUGAAAAACAGCUGACCGAAAACAAGAAGGUGAGAAGGGUGCGUUUCAUCAUGAAAUCCAUGAAGAAAAGACUUGUCAAAGUUAGCAAACGUGCUCUCAAAAUUGAUCCCAACUUGAAGCGACUGGAGGAGGCUGUGCAGAAACUUUAUGGAGUUUCAACUAAUGUUGCUUCUUUCCUUUAUCUUGUAAAAGACGCAAAGCAGGAGCAUCAGGAGCAGCAGCUUGAGCUGUACAGAGCACGUGAAACGGGAUCCUCGCCUAAAAAUGAUCUCGUCGGUCGAGGCAAGGAGAAGGAGCUUGUUAUGGAGUGGCUGAUCAGGAAUCCAUCAAAUGAGCCUCGGGGAACUGAUUUGUACAGAAACAUUUCUCUUCUAUCUAUAGUUGGCCAUGGUGGUAUGGGGAAGACAACUCUCUUGCAACAUAUCUAUAAAGAUGAAAUGAUGAAGGAAUUUGAUCUUAAAAUGUGGGUUUGUGUUUCCAACAAUUUUGAUGCUAAAGAAGUCAUUGCAGAUAUGUUGGAACUUCUUAAGAAGGAGAGGCCUCGGUUGGAGAAACUUGAAGCAUUUCAUGAGCGUCUCAAGAAUGAGGUGAUGUCCAAAAAGUUCUUACUUGUGCUAGAUGACAUUUGGGAUGAGGAAAAGAGGGAUCAAAGUAAAUGGGAGAAUGUGCUCGCCCCUCUAGCUUCUGGGGGUUUUGGUAGUAAAAUUCUGGUAACAACUCGAACAGACUCAGUUGCACUAAUGUUUGCAAAUGUAAUCAACAAGAAGAAGGAAAUAGUUAGAUUAGAGGGCCUAGAGGAAGAUGAGUGUUUGCAGCUCGUCAACUCUCACGCAUUUGCUGGUUUAGAGAACACCUCUGAUGAUCAUAAAAAAUUAAGAGCCAUUGCUGGAGAGAUUGUUAAAAAGCUUUUAGGAUCUCCAUUGGCAGCUAAAGUCAUAGGUGGUGUUCUGAAGGAGAACUUGGAUGAAAGGCAUUGGAGGACAGUUCUAGAAAGCAAUUUAUUGGAUCAGAAUUCUAUCAAUUCCAUCUUAAGACUGAGCUAUAUAGUUCUGCCAAAUCAUCUACGGAAUUGUUUUGCAUUUUGUUGUAUGUUUCCACAAGAUCAUCAGUUUGAUAAAGAUGAUUUAGUCCGAAUGUGGAUUGCAUUGGGUUUCAUUCAGCCGUCUCAAGGAAUGACUAUGGAGGAUAUCGGAGGAAGUGGACUUGUUGAAAUAUUCAAAGCAUCGCGAAGCCUGCGCUUAUUAUACUUAUGGGCUCCAAAGGACUUGGAAAUAAUACCAGAGGAGAUUGGAAACUUGAUACAUCUUCGAUACUUAAAUAUUUAUGGUUAUGAUGUGACUAGGCUGCCAAGAUCUCUAAGUAAUCUCUAUCACUUGCAAUGCAUAAUCAUUUCAUCACUUUCAUGUAAGUUAAGACAUAGUAAAGUUGAUGAUGAUUUUUUACCAAGUGACAUCAAUAACCUUUCUAACUUGUGUUACGUGGAAUUGCCCGAGAAUUCCAUUCCAUCGAUAUGUGGGAUUGGGAAGCUAAAGCCUCUUCAAGAACUGAAUAUGUUUAAUCUUAGAGAUGCGAGUGGUUAUAGAAUUGGGGAGCUGGAGAAUAUGAAUGAUCUUUGCAAAUUAGGAAUCAAUUUCCUUGAAAAUGUCAAGGAGGCUGAGGAGGCUUUUAGUGCCAAAUUAUAUGCCAAGAGAAGGCUCACAGAUUUAACCUUACGUUGGAAUAACAUGAAUUGGAGGAACAUCUAUUUAGAUGAGAAUGUGCUCGACAACCUUCAGCCACCAAAAUGCCUAAGGAAUCUGAGCAUAGAGAGAUACAUGGGUGCAAGGUCUGCUAUAUGGAUGAACAACGUCAAUCCGAUCUUCAAUCUAGAGAAAAUCGAAUUGUCACAUUGCAGGAAUUGGGAAGCUCUUCCACCUUUUGGGCAACUUCCCUUUCUCAAGUCUCUGACACUUUAUAACAUGUCGAAAGUAAAAUGGCUCGAAAGUAAAUCUAACGGGAAUGAUAAAUACCAUGCCUUUCCAAUGCUAGAGGUUUUACGCAUUUACAAUUCAGAAGCAUUAGCGGAUUGGUUUGAGGCAGGAGUAGCUGUUGAAGAUGGAUCUUUGUUUCAUUGCUUAAUUGAACUGGUGCUAUCUAACUGUCCGAUGUUGAAAGAGUCGCCCUGUUUGCCUUCUAAGCUCAAGAGAUUGUACAUAGAAAACAUUGGGUGGACGACUUUGAAUUUUUGUAGCAGUUCAAAUCCAAUUCCCCUUGAAACAUUAGAGGUCUCUCGUUGUCCAAACAUUACAUCUCUUCCUCUGCUUGAUGAAAUAGCGAGACUUGCAGCACUGAGAUCCUUGACAAUCACAAAGUGCCCCAAUCUGAUCUCUCUCGGAGAAAUGCAAACCACUAAUAAUUUCGAUCUCAUACUCAGCAAUCUCAGUAUAAGCGAUCCAUCGGUGUUGCUGAUGAAGCCAUUGAGAAGCAUCGCCUCCUUAAAAACUCUGAGAAUCGCGGAUAAUGAUGUGCUGGUUUCAUUUCCAAAUGAGGCGGAUGAGUGUUUUCUGAGAGUUAGGGCAUCUCUUUGUGAGCUGGAAUUUAAAAGGCUGAAAUCCUUACAGUCUCUCCCUUCCGCCAUGGAAAGCUUAUCUUCACUUCAGAAACUAUCUAUUGAUCACGUUCCUAUGCUUCAGGAAUUGCCGAACCUUCCUCCCUCUUUGAAGCGUCUUAUAAUUGGGAACUGCCAUCCAGAGAUAAAGGAGCGCUAUGGAGAGGAUGGAAGCUCCGAUCGGCACAAGAUUGCUCACAUUCCUCAUAUCUCUAUUUCUAUUUUCUCUUUUUAUGGCUGAUAACUACUUUCUACUUAUCUUUUUUUUUUCAUUUGUUUAAUAUGAAAUGUGAAGUUAACCA